AUGCAAAAAGCAAAAUUAAUAACUAAAGGUAGUCCAUGUGAAUAUAAGAUAUCAGUUACAACGGGAAAUUGCAAUGGCGCCUCAACAGAUGCACCUAUACGUAUUAGACUUCAUGGAACAAAUGGGUAUACGAAUUUUCAUGAACUUGCUCAGUCUGAAACUCAUCAUAUACCAUUUCUAAAAAAUCAAUCUGAUGUAUUUACUCUUCAAACAUUUCAUGUUGGCGAAUUAGUAGGAAUUACUAUUGGACAUGAUCGAAAAGAUAUGCGAGCAAGUUGGUUUCUAAGCAAGAUAUCAAUUAGUGAUCCGAUUCGUCAUAAAACUUCUAAUAUUUUGUGCAAUGCUUGGUUAUCAAUCAAAUCUAUUGAUAAAAAAACCAUGCGUGAUUUUCAAGUGACUUCAGUUGUAUCUCAUCAGAAGACACUGAUUUCAAACGAUCAUCGAGAAGAAAAUGAAAGUCAAUCUGAUUAUUCUACAAAAACCAUCGAAGGUACAAGCAGAUCCAAUGAAACAAAUCUAAGUGGAAAUAUUUUAUUAACUGAUUAUAAACCAAUUCAAAAAAAUCGAAAACAGCAGCAUGUAUCAAUUGGACCAACAACAUUUGCUACAAGAUUACCAUCAAUGUCUACACAUACAAAUAAUUAUUCUCAAUUAUCACCACCACCACCACCACCACCAUUGGCUACUAUAGCAACAAUCGAAAGUCAUUUUAAUCACGAUGAUUUACUUUUUCCGCCUAUUGUACCUCGGAUUCAUUCAGCAGCGCUUUCUGAAAUAUCUUCAGAUACUGAAAUUGAAAGUAAUAUGACGAAUCGAACUCGUUCAACAUCUCGUACACCAUCGCCAACAUUUCAUCAAACACGUUUACAAUCUGUUUCUGAAUAUGAUACCUUGCAAACAAAAUCAACAAGUAGUAUGUUGAAACGUCAUUCAAUCGAUCAUGAUCGACCACCAGCACGACUUGAAAAAAGAAUUUCACCAUUAUAUGCAUCAGUUGAACGAUCAGAUAAAAACAAUGAAAACAAUCCGUUUUCGUUUAUAGAAUAA